CCCUUUGAGCCUGCACACUGCCUGGGAGGCUCCUGAGACCAGCAGGGACCUGGGGCCUCCACUCAGGGAACAGGUUUGGCAGGUGGCCGUGGGUGGCAUGCUGAGGCUGCUGGCGUCUGGCUGCGCUCGGGGCUGGGGGGCCGGCGUGGGCGCAUGGCCAGCCUUGGGGCUCUGCCACUCCAGGCACAGCCCAAAGCGCCAGGCCAGCGAUGCCCCUCGAAAUCAGCCACCUAGCUCUGAGUUCGUAGCCCGACCGGUGGGCGUCUGCUCUAUGAUGCGGCUGCCAGUGCAGACCAAUCCCGAGGGGCUGGACGCCGCCUUCGUCGGAGUCCCCCUGGACAUUGGGACCUCCAAUCGACCGGGGGCGAGAUUCGGACCCCGACGCAUCCGGGAAGAGUCAGUGAUGCUGCGGACAGUCAAUCCCAGCACGGGGGCCCUCCCCUUCCAGUCCCUCAUGGUCGCGGACCUAGGCGAUGUGAAUGUCAAUCUUUACAACCUUCAGGACAGCUGCCGGCUAAUUCGAGAGGCUUAUCAGAACAUUGUAGCAGUUGGCUGCAUUCCUCUGACCUUGGGUGGAGACCACACAGUCACGUACCCCAUAUUACAGGCCAUGGCACAAAAGCAUGGCCCAGUGGGGCUGCUGCAUGUGGACGCUCACACGGACACAGCUGACAAAGCCCUCGGAGAGAAGCUCUACCACGGGACGCCAUUCCGCCGGUGCGUGGACGAGGGACUCCUGGACUGCAAGCGGGUGGUGCAGAUCGGCAUCCGGGGCUCUUCCGUGACCUUGGACCCCUACAGAUACAGCCGGAGCCAGGGCUUCCGCGUGGUCCUGGCGGAAGACUGCUGGCUGAAGUCGCUGGUGCCGCUGAUGGCGGAAGUGAGGCAGCAGAUGGGGGGCAAACCCAUCUACGUCAGCUUUGACAUCGACGCCUUGGACCCGGCCUAUGCCCCAGGGACAGGGACACCUGAAAUUGCUGGCCUCACCCCGAGUCAGGCUCUGGAGAUCAUCCGGGGGUGUCAAGGCCUGAACGUGGUGGGCUGUGAUCUCGUGGAAGUUUCGCCGUUGUAUGAUCUUUCUGGAAACACCGCCCUCCUGGCCGCUAACCUGCUGUUUGAGAUGCUGUGUGCCCUCCCCAAAGUGAAAACCGUCUGAGGCUUCUGUUCUCCGAGACAAAGCAGAUUGCAUCUCUGAUGCUCUCAGAACCCGUGAACCCCGAGCACUAGUUGAUGUGUCAGACUUCCUGCUAACUGUGCCACUGGCUGUGAAGCCUAGGUAUUCAGAAGAACUCUAACCCAAUUAAUGAACAUUUCUAGGGAGUCCGAAUUGACUGCAGAAUAAAGGGAAAUACCAGAGCCAGCAGGUGCCGUG